AUGCCAAUCAACUCACGGAAAGGAUUUGAUUGUGGCUAUUCUGAAUCCCUAGGGGAUAUGACUGGCGAUAAGGUUAUAAGUAGCAGUCCACUUUGUCAGUUUGUGCCUGCCUUCAUUUCUUUCACCACGUAUUUGACUACCGCCCACAUAGAUUCUUCUUCGGCUCUCUUUGCUGUUGUUCUCAAGAUACCAAUUCAUAACACGAGCAUCUACUUCGACAAGCUGUACAAUUUAAGGGUUUUACUUCUUGGUACUGGGCUCGUCGUUGAGUAUCUUUUCUAUGUUUGUGCCAAUUCGAUUUUUAAAUCUAAGGAUAAUCGCAUAUAUAUCAGUUUAAUCAACUUGUUUUUAAUACUGGUCACUCGGUUUGUUUUUGCAGCUUUAACACACUUUUCAUCGCAGUUGGCCUAUCACGUCUACAUUAUUCUGGCUGUCGAAGCGUUUUUUUGUGGAUGUUUAAUGUCACUUACUGCGAUCGUUCCCGAGCACUCGGUGGUUGUAACUUUGGGAUACAAUGUUUGCAGAAUGUUCGUGCCUUUCUUUCAGUUUAUCCUCGAUUUGAUGUUACACGGCCACCCACUGGUUCUGAUUAAGAUCCAGUGCUGGGCGAGUGUCCUUCUGACCGCCUUUGCCUUGGGCUCAUGGGGGUACUACACACAUUCGUGCUCCAAUCCCACCUCUGGCAGUAAAGGAGAGGACGAUCCCGAGGCCGGUCUUGCUUCAAAUCCAGGUUCUGUGAGUCCUCCCGAGGUUGAAGUGGCCUCCUUUUCUGAAACAAUGCGUGAGGCGCUAUCGCCUUUCCUAAUGUUUCCGGCAGCUUCCAUGUUCAAGGAUUUCCUGUACCCCGGCGUGCUGCCGUUCUCUUUGCUGCAGAGGGAAAAGUGUCACAUCAUAAACAUUCUCGCUACUGCGUGCUACGGACUUGCUUCUAUCACGUUUUUCGUUUUGGAACGAGUUGGUGUUUUCGAGGAGUGGAACGGCUACUACGAUGGAUUUUGGGUUUUGACCAUUCCCAUUAAUGCGGUACCCAUAUACGCCUUCUUGGCUAUACACACCAGGGUUCCGUCUGCCGUGAAGAUUAGGAAUUCGCGGCCCAUAGUAAUGGCCAUGACACUUUCAGUGAUCCUCUAUUACAGCUUUCUAUAUUCUCUGAGCUACGGAGGCGUCCCCAAGGUCGUUCAUACUGCUUUUAAGGGAAAGCGUAAAACUGGAGAUAAAAGUGUCAUUACCUUUUACGUAAUUUCCACCAUGGUUUACAGGUUCUUCUUCUCGAAGUUGUCUGUGGGAUACAAUCACACCAGGGUUGCACUCGGGUACCACCUUCCCAAGUUUCGGCCUAAUCACAGGAUGUCGAAUUCAAACACGUUUUGGUACAUCAUCAAGAACAUGUUCAAAAGAGCCGGGAAAGAUAUCAUCGGUGAUUUUAGAAGGAACAUUAAGAAUUACUUGUAA